AUGUCAAACAAGCGGGUCAAGUCUUUGGCGGCUGACGACGAUGAUUUCUAUGACGACGAUGACGGCGACUACGAUGGUUUUGUCGAAGACGAGCAGGAGCAACUGACCGACGAGGACCGAGAACAACUGCGACAAGGCACAAUCAAAGCUCGUCAGGCUCUAGGGCCAAACUACUCGAUUCCAGAAAAAGACAUCCAUGAUGCGCUAUGGAAUUACUAUUAUGACAUAGCCAAAACCGUCAGCUGGUUGAAGAAUAAACACAAGCCUGUGACCCCCAAGUCUGCUGUCCCAAGACAAGACAGUAAGUCUCAACUUUCUCAGUCCGCCUUCUGCAACCCUAUCCACCACAACAUCUACGACGGCAGCAGUGCAUCAACCGGCUUCUUUGACGAUUGUCCCUGGCUUGAUGUCCCGCGCCAUCGCCAUGCCCUCAUUCUUGAGGAGCCGCAACUGCCACCAGGUCGCCUGCUGGGUGGCGCCUCGAACCCCGGCAAGAUCUCCAAGUUGGCGGCUCUUGCCGCCAAGCGUCGCAAAGACAAAGAAGCGGCCGAAUCUGCAAACGUCGACAAAGCCUCUGACACGGCUGACUACACCGAACGCUUAAGACAACUCCGCGUUAGCGAACCCAGUCUCACGCGGAAGAGGACGACCGAUCAGCAGGCGGCGGAAGAAUCUGCACCUACCACAGAUCUUGAUUCAGAACCCCGAGAGGCAGAGGAACACAAUACCAUGCCGUCGAAUCUGCCGGAAGCUGGCACUGUCCAGCUGCUGCGUAGCCCUCCUUCUGCCUUUGCAAACGUUCUCGCACGAGACAAUCGCCUCCCCGCGUCUGUCGCUGAUGCUCUGCUGCCUGACGACCAUUCCUCGUCUACAUCCGCGUUCGAUUUUUCACAGCCCAGUCCCGACGACCCGGCGCCCGUAGCAAAAAAAGGCGCAUCGACCCCCAAUAGCGAUGUUGCCAAUGGCAUAGCCAAGGUAUCCAUACAGGAACCUGCACGUAUCAAGAGCAAGAACCUCGAUGUGUCUGCAGAAUACAAGGCUACCAAACGGAAAAGCGCCGCCAAUUUUGUGGUGAUCGGCCAUGUUGAUGCUGGCAAGAGCACACUAAUGGGCAGACUUCUAUACGAUCUCAAAGCCAUCGAUCAACGAACCCUCGACAAGUACAGGAAAGAAGCUGAGAGCAUCGGCAAAGGCUCGUUUGCUUUCGCCUGGGUGCUUGACCAGGGUUCCGAAGAGCGAGCACGUGGCGUCACCAUCGAUAUUGCCCAGAACAAGUUCGAAACAGAAAGGACCAGCUUCACCAUCCUUGACGCUCCUGGGCAUCGGGAUUUUGUACCCAAUAUGAUUGCGGGAGCUAGUCAGGCCGAUUUUGCCGUACUCGUCAUUGACGCAUCCACCGGCAAUUUUGAGUCUGGACUGAGGGGUCAAACCAAGGAGCACGCGCUACUGGUGCGGUCAAUUGGUGUUCAGAGGCUCAUUGUCGCCGUCAACAAGAUGGAUGUGUCGGACUGGUCGCAGGCCCGGUUCGAUGAAAUCAGAGAGCAGAUGCAGACCUUCUUGUCCAGCGCUGGCUACCAGAGCAAGAAUACAUCUUUCGUGCCAUGUUCAGGCCUGGAGGGAGGCAAUAUCCUGCAGAAGACAACCGAUGAGCGUGCCAGGUGGUACACCGGGCCGACGCUGGUCGAAGAACUAGAGAACUCGGAAGCAACGUCUUGGUCUCUCGACAAACCACUGCGUCUGACCAUUGCUGAUGUUUUCCGAGGCGGCGUGCAGAACCCGCUCUCUGUAUCUGGGCGGCUCGAAGCCGGCAAUCUGCAGGUGGGAGACGCCGUUGUCAUCAUGCCCAGUAAUGAGCAGGCCUAUAUCAAAGGUAUUGAAGUGGACGAUGAGCCUCGGGACUGGGCAGUGGCUGGUCAGAACGUUGUUCUGCAUCUCUCUGUUGCGGACCCCGAGCAGCAAGAUCUCAAGACGGGCGAUGUGCUCUGCAGCACAAGCUCGCCGAUCAAGAACACAACAAAAUUCACUGCAAAGAUUCUUGCCUUUGAGCAUCUUACGCCUAUGCUGGCAGAUAUUCAUCGUGGUCGCCUCCACGUUCCAGGAAGGAUCAGUAAGCUCAUCGCAUUGCUUGACAAGUCGACGGGGGAGGUGCAGAAGAAGAAGCCGAAAGUCGUUCAGCCUGGAAGCUGGGUGAGAUGUGAGGUAGAUUUGGACCAGCCUGUACCGCUCGAAGCUCCUGCAAGGAUCGUGUUUCGACAAAAUGGACAGACGGUUGCUGCAGGGAUUAUAGAAUAA